UGGGGCUAUGAUUCCACAACAACUGUAGGACCAGCUUUUGAGUUUGAACCUGAAUCACUGGUGUCAGCAUGAGCUGGGCCUCCAAGGAGUCCUUCAUAGGCUGUGUGGAAAGAAGGGGUGGUGGUGGAAUGGGCAGCACGUAUUCCUCGGUCUCCACGAGAAGAAGCACUUGUGGGACAAGUGGUGGUGGCAGGUUCUCUGGCGGCAGUUGUGGUGGAGGAAGCUCCAGGAGCAGCUAUGGUGGAGCAGCCAGCGGUGGUGGCUACAGAACGAUGCGGCGCAGUAGUUAUGGAGGGGGGAUGAGCUGCGGUUAUUAUGGAGGGGGGAUGAGCAGCGGUGGGUACGGAGCGAGCUUUGGGUCAGGCGGGAGUGGGUUUGGUGGUGGUUAUGGAGGAAGCUUUGGUGGAGGUGGUGGUGGCUUUGGCAGCGGUGGCUUUCCUGGAGGGAACAUGGGGAUUCUCUCCAAUGACGAGAAGCUGGCCAUGCAGAGCCUUAACGAACGCCUGGCUUCUUACCUGGAUAAAGUCAGAAGUUUGGAAAGGGAAAAUUCUCAGCUUGAGCAAUUAAUCAGGGAGUGGUACCAGAAGCAAGGUCCUACUGGUACAAAGGACUACAGCCACUAUUACGCAGAAAUUGAAGACCUUCAAAAUCAGCUUGUGACUGCGACUGUGGAAACCAACAAGGUGCUUUUGGACCUGGAUAACACAAGGAUGACUGCAGAAGACUUCAGGAUAAAGUAUGAGACGGAAUAUGGUCUCCGGCAGAAUGUGGAGGCUGACAUCAAUAGCCUGCGACCCUUGUUGGAUAAUCUGACUCUGAACAGGUCUGACCUGGAAAUGCAAUUUGAGUCUCUAAAGGAGGAGAUGAUUAGCCUCAAGAAGAACCAUGAGGAGGAAAUGAAACUGCUGCAAAACCAGUCGGGUGGUGAUGUGAACGUGGAGGUGAAUGCUGCUCCAGGAGAGGAUCUGCUGAAAAAACUGAAUGAUAUGAGGCAAGAAUAUGAAAAUCUCAUUCGGAAAAACCGUGAAGAGGUUGAAAGGUGGUAUGAAAUUAAGAUGGAGGAAGUGAGUCAACAAGUCCAUUCAAGUGGCCAAGAAGUGGAAUCAAGCAACCGACAGAUCUCGGAGCUGAGACGUGAAUACCAGAGCCUGGAAAUCGAGCUGCAGUCACAGCUCAGCAUGAUACAGUCUCUGCAGUCCAGCCUGGAGGACACAGAACGUCGCUACAACAUGCAGCUGCAGCAGAUCCAGAGCAUGAUCGGCCCCUUGGAGGAGGAGCUGGCCAGCAUCCGCUGCGAGAUGGAGAAUCAGAACCAGGAGUACAAGAUGCUCCUGGGCAUCAAGACCCGCCUGGAGCAGGAGAUCGCUCAGUACCGGGCGCUGCUGGAGGAGGGACAGCAAGACAUUGGCAUCUCCCAGGGGGGAGCCGGUGGUGGAUCGUCAGGAGGAGGAGGACAUGGAGGACAUGGAGGACACGGAGGACACGGAGGACAUGGAGGAAGCAGCUGGUGCUCAGGUGGAAGAAGCAGCGGAGGAAGAACUGGAGGAUCCCAUGGAGGAACCUCCUAUUCCGGAGGUGGAGGAGGAGGGAGUGGAGGGAGAACCUCUGGUGGAGCCUCUGGGAGCAGCUCAGGUGGAGGAGGAGGAGGAGGCAGGUCCUGCCUCUCCCGCUCUUCAUCCUCCCAGUCCCAUCCUGGCAGCCCUUGUGAAAGCCAAGGAGGUGGAGAAAACAUGAAGCUGUGCCUGGAAGGGAAUAAAACACUGGAGAGAGGAGCGACCAUGGAGGAGGUGUCCAAAGCCAUAAAAACGAUGAGGAUGGGGAGUCUUAGGAGGGUUGAGGAGUGAUUUGGAAAACCAGCAUCUUCCACAGCAGGAGCUCACAGUGGGUUUGGACAACCCAAGCACGUCCCAUCGCGUCUCUUCAAAGGGCAAACACUUGCUCAAGUUACUCAGCGCUGUUCAUUCUGGGGACUAGUCGGAACUCUCUGGAUGGCCAACCUGCUGCUUGCAUCUCAAUUUCUGUGCCUAAUCACUGUUACCUGAGUUAAUCUCUACCGUGAUUGGUAUUCUUGUGAAAAAAAAAAAACAAAAAAUACAAAAAAAAAAACACCAAAAAACCUCAAACCAAUAAAUGCUAAUAAAUCUUUGCUUCUCUCUGAUGCAACCAGAAA